AAACUCUUUCCCUUUCCGUCUCAGACCCUCCCCGUGUCUCCACUUCGGCACGCAGGAAGCGAGAGAUUCCGUGUCUGAAUAAAGAGAAUGUGACCUGAGGACCUCAAAACCCCCCAAAACACACCACACUCUUCUGCACUCAGCGGUGUAAAUGGUGUAAAAGCGAAUGGAGGAUGUCUAGACGUGGAUGUUUCAAGAGUUCAAAGAAAGGGGCGUCCACAGAGCAAUGCGAGGCGCCUCAGGGGACAGGGAUUCACGUCUACCUCUUCUGGACUAAAACUGGAGAUUAUUAUCUGACUCACCAGGACGGUGAAGUGACGGCGGAGGACCUGCUGAUCCGGGCAGCUGAUAUUAUUGGGAUCACACCGGCAUGCUAUGUUCUGUUUGCGCUGUACGACCCGGCCUGCUCCUGUUGGUACAGUCCAAACCACAGGUUCGAGCCGAAAAAUCAGGAAAGCCUGAUACUUCACUUCCGUAUGAGGUUCUACUUUCGGAACUGGCACGGACUGAACCAGACGGAGCCAAUGGUGUCGCGGUAUACCAGUCAGACAGAGAGCGAGCACGGAGCUGCACCUCUGCUGGAGAUCUCCUCUCUGGAGUACCUGUUUGCUCAGGCAAAAUGUGAUUUUGUGAAUGAUGUGACCUCACUGGAGGAUGUGACGGGAGAGGCAGCGAUCAGUGGGUUUAAAAAUGAGAGCUUGGGCAUGGCUGUGCUGCACUUAUCUCACAAGGCUCUGCAGACUGGCGCCUCACUACAGGAAGUGGCCAAACAAACUAGCUUCCUGCGCUGCAUCCCCCGCUCUUUCUCUCGCCACAUUGCCAAAGAUAACUUCUUAACCAAGUUCCGUAUCCGCCGCGUGUUUGCUGACUUUGUGCGCAGCUUCCAGCAGCAUACUGUGGGCCAGGGCAGACUCGGCCCCCAGGAAGUCAUGUACAAGUACCUGUCCACGCUGGAGCGUCUGGCUCCUCGCUUUGGCACUGAGACAUUCUCCAUCUUCCACCUCGACUUGAGGCCAGAUGGCGAUGGCAGCGGCUCGUAUCUGAAUGCCUCGCGAGCACACGAGCCCCUGCAGGAGGUUACCUGUAGUCAGCCCACACAUGAGGUCAUGGUGUCUGGCACCACUGGCAUCCAGUGGAGGAAGAUCUCGGCUCAGAGGGCUCAGGAAAAUAACUAUAUGGGGAAUGAGUACUUGAACAAGAGGAAGCGAGAGAAGCAUGAAGUCACUCAACAGGAAAGCAACAUGCCUGAAAGCUGGAAUGUGUUCUGUGACUUUCCUGAAAUCUCACACAUCGCCAUAACAGGAGCGAAUGUCUGCAUCAGCCGGCAAGACAACUUUGCAAUGGACUUGCGUUUGAUGUCCAUUCUUGAGGCACGCUCACUGGUGUCUCUACUCGAUGGGUAUUUCCGCCUGACAGCAGACGCUCACCACUACCUCUGCCAUGAGGUGGCACCGCCCCGAGUGGUCCUGAGCGAGGCCAACGGUCUGCACGGCCCAAUACAUGAUGAGUUUGUGCUGCAGAAGCUGAAGAAGGAGCGUGUGGAUGACGGCGUGUACUUACUGCGCUGGAGUGUUCUGGACUACCGACGUAUCAUAUUAGCGGUUCUGAGCAGGACCGAGGAUGGACAGAAUCCAACACAUAAGCAGUUCAGGAUCAUGCAGAAGGGCUCGAUGUUUACACUCGAGGGCUGGGACCGAGAUUUCUCAAACGUGAAGGAGCUCACAGAAAGCCUGAAGACCUUUGUGCUCAAGUCUGGUCAGGACUGCUUCACCGUGAAGAAGUGCUGUCUGCCCCGACCUGCAGAGCUGUCAAAUCUCCUAGUAAUGAGACAGGGCAUGAACGACAAUACCAAGCCUCUCUCUGAAACCCUCAACCUGUGCCAACUGAGAUUCCAUCAGAUUAAAGACAAAGAGAUCGUCCAGGAGCAGCACUUGGGCCGCGGCACUAGGACCAACAUCUACUCGGGCCGCUUGAUGGUGCGCAAAGAAACGGAAGAUGACGAGGACGAAUGGAACAAUAAUCACACCAACGGAAAAGGCAUCCGAGUGGUGCUGAAGAUCCUGGAUCAGAGCCACAAGGACAUAGCACUGGCUUUCUUCGAGACCGCUAGCUUCAUGAGUCAGGUGUCUCACUCUCACCUGGUUUUUGUGCAUGGAGUUUCAGUCAAGGGAUCUGAGAACAUCAUGGUAGAAGAGUUUGUGGAGUUUGGCCCCCUGGACGUCUUCCUGCACAAAGAGAAGGCUUGUGUUACGCCUCAGUGGAAGUUUACGGUGGCAAAACAGCUGGCCAGCGCUCUCUGUUAUCUUGAAACAAAACGCUUGGUUCAUGGGAAUGUCUGUGCAAAGAAUAUUCUGGUUGCUCGCAAGGGACUGGAGGAGGGCACGCUUCCGUUUGUGAAGCUGAGUGACCCGGGGAUUUCUCUUACUGCACUCUCACGUGGAGAACGAGUUGAGCGAAUUCCAUGGAUCGCUCCAGAGUGUGUGCUCUGUGGAUCUGUAAUAGGCAGCGCUGCAGAUAAGUGGAGCUUUGGCGCCACGCUGCUAGAAAUCUGCAACAACGGAGAUCUGGCCAUGAGCGGCGGUACUUUACCAGAGAAAGAGCGGUUCUAUGAGACCCAGAGCCGCCUGGCUGUCCCCUCGUCUCAGGAGCUGGCCAGCUUCAUCAGCAUGUGUCUGACCUAUGACCCAGCAGCCAGGCCAUCGUUCAGGACCAUUCUACGGGAGCUAACAGAAAUCCAGAUAAAGAACCCAGACAUUUCUUCUGACUGCGAAGCACUUCCAGACAAAGAUCCCAGUAUUUUCCUAAAGCGGCACCUGAGGAAGAUCAGAGAUCUGGGAGAGGGGCAUUUUGGGAAAGUGAUGCUGUAUGUGUAUGACCCUGCUAAUGAUGGCACUGGAGAGUAUGUGGCAGUGAAGACCCUUAAACAGGAUGGGGGAAAUCACCUCCAUGACUCAUGGAUGAAGGAGAUCAAAAUCCUUAAAUCACUCUACCAUAACAACAUUGUCAAGUAUAAAGGAUGUUGCACUGAACUGGGUGGCCAGGUGGUCCAGCUAAUCAUGGAGUACCUUCCACUGGGCAGCCUUCGGGAGUACCUGCCCAAACACCGUGUGGGAUUCACACAGAAUCUGCUCUUUGCCCAACAGAUCUGCCAGGGAAUGGAUUACCUGCACUCGAAAAGAUAUAUCCAUCGGGAUUUAGCUGCUCGCAAUGUUCUGGUGGAGAACGAGGGAGUGGUGAAAAUCGGUGACUUUGGCUUGACAAAGUACAUUCCUGAGGGAGAGGUGUAUUACCGGGUCCGGGAGGAUGGAGACAGUCCUGUUUUCUGGUAUGCCAUAGAAUGUCUGAAAGAAAGCAAGUUUUCCUUUUCUUCUGAUGUCUGGUCUUUUGGUGUCACACUGUAUGAGAUUCUGACACGCUGUGACCACCGUCAAAGUCCACCUGCGAAAUAUGUGGAUAUGAUGGGGUUGGUACAAGGGCAGAUGACUGUGAUGAAACUGAUUGGCCUCUUGGAGAAACACAGGCGGCUGCCACGUCCUCGAGACUGUCCACAUGAGGUGUAUAUGCUGAUGGAGCAGUGCUGGGACUUCACACCAGCCCAGCGUCCGACAUUCAAUUCCCUGGCAGAGUCUUUGGAGGAAAUUCGUCGUAGGUAUGAGGAACCUGCUGUGCGGCUUGCUCAGAUUAACUGACCACGUUUACAACAUAUAGCACUUCUUAAUGAUUUGACUGCAUUGGAUAUAAAACAAGUGUUGCUUCAUUAUCAUAGUAACAAAUCAAUCCAUUCUGCUCCUCAAGUGCUCUUUGUCUGUAUCUUUUUUAAAGACUAAUUAACUAAAGUACGUACAGUGAUGAGACUUUAUUUCUUGGAGUGACUAAGUGUACUGUGAAUAGAUGUUUUGAUGUUAUUUUACUUGUUUUUCUUUUUUUCACUCUUCUGCCUUAAACCUAUACAGUAUAUGUUCUGAAUGCAUUUUUCUGUAUUCAUUAUUUUGUUGUCCCUCCUUUACUUUUUAUUAGAACUUAAAUGUCUGGCAAAUGUAAACCAAAGUCAGUAACCUGUUCUGAAAGGGCUUAAUAGUUUAGUCUAUUUUGCCAAUAUGCACCUUAUUAGUUAGGAACUUUUAAGAUAUGCCGACCAUCCCUGAAUAUUUUUUAAUUGUAUUUAUUGUCAUGUUUUAUAAAAUGAAUACUCAAGGGACUCCAGCAUAGGACUCCAGCAUAUAGAAUGCUCAGAGGUUCAUUUAAUGAAAGAGAAUCUAAUGGAUGGAUGAUUGGAUGACUUAAUGGAUGGAUGAUUGGAUGACUGAAUGGAUGGAUGAUUGGAUGAUACAGGACUCAGGUGUACACACCAACAAUGGCUUUAAUAAAACUGUGUGUUUCAAACCAUUGAAA